AUGCCCGCGAUGGAGCCGGCCAGCCUGCUGCGGUUCCUGCGGAAGCUCAAGGAGGUUUUCGACGUGUGCGAUGAGGAUGCAGACGGGUUCAUCCGGGUGGAGCACUUCGUCGCCCUGGGGCUGCAGUUCGGCCAAGGGGAUGAGGUGGAAAAACUGGCAAAGUACUUGGAUCCAAAUGAUUUGGGAAGAAUCAAUUUUAAGGACUUCUGUCACGGAGUUUUUGCUAUCAAAGGCUGUGAAGAGUUAUUAAAAGAUGUCCUGUCCCCCGAAAACUCUGAGCCCCAGCACUACCAGCCACAAUAUGUUGAUUACUACUACCAGGGCGGUGAGAUCCAGGACUGUGCCUACCUGGACAGCGAGAGCGCCUACAGCGAGUCGGAGCUGUUUCCCGAUGAGGAGGCGAUGACUCUGGCCCAGCAGGAGGUUCACCAUGAGUCUGACAUGGACAGUGCCAUCGAGAGCGCCCAGAGCUCCGAGGCCUCGGACGUGUGUCGCAGCGAGGACAAGGACGGGCUGCUGGGUGGCCUCUUCUUGCCCGGUGACAAGUCAAGUCCUCACAACCCUUCUGCAGCAUCUGACCUCUCCACUUAUUCCACCGCCUCCCUGAUCAGUAAUGAAGAACAGUUUGAAGACUAUGGGGAAGGAGAUGAUGUGGAUUUUACUCCCAGUAGCCCAUGCCCUGAUGAUGAGACCAGAACCAACGCCUACUCUGACCUUGGCUCAUCUGUAUCUUCCAGUGCUGGCCAAACCCCCCGAAAAAUGAGACAUGUUUAUAACAGCGAGUUACUGGAUGUUUACUGCUCACAGUGCUGCAAAAAGAUAAAUCUCCUCAACGAUUUGGAAGCCAGGCUGAAAAACUUGAAAGCAAACAGCCCUAACAGGAAAAUAUCAAGCACAGCUUUUGGAAGACAGCUCUUCCACAACAGUAACUUCAGCAGUAGUAAUGGCAGCACAGAAGACUUGUUCAGAGACAGUAUAGACUCCUGUGAUAAUGAUAUCACUGAAAAGGUAACAUACCUAGAGAAGAAGGUGACAGAACUGGAGAAUGACAGCCUGACAAAUGGUGACAUGAAGAGCAAACUGAAACAAGAGAACACACAGUUGGUUCACAGAGUUCAUGAGCUAGAGGAACUGUUGAAAGACCAAGAAACAUCAGCAGAACAGACUCUGGAAGAAGAGAUAAAGAGACAUAGAGAAGCUUACAGCAAGUAUGAAAAAGAGAAAGGCACUGAAAUUGAACUGCUAAAUACAAGGGUUCAGCAACUGGAAGAAGAAAAUGGUGAUCUGAAAAGCACUGUCACACGGCUGAAAUCCCAAACAGAGAGAUUGGAUGAGGAGAGGCAGCGCAUGUCAGACAGGUUGGAAGACACGAGUCUGAGACUGAAGGAUGAGAUGGAUUUGUACAAGAGGAUGAUGGACAAGCUGCGGCAGAACAGGCUGGAGUUCAACAAGGAGAGGGAAGCCACACAGGAGCUCAUCGAAGACCUGCGGAAGGAACUGGAGCACCUGCAGCUGUACAAGCUGGAGUGUGAACGUCCUGGACGUGGGAGAAGCUCUUCCUCCAGCCUCAGUGAAUUCAAUGCCAAAACCAGAGAGGUGGAAAUGGAGCAUGAAAUAAAACGGCUGAAGCAGGAGAAUCAGAAACUUCGUGACCAAAAUGAUGAUCUUAAUGGACAGAUUCUAAGCCUCAGUCUUUAUGAAGCUAAAAACCUCUUUGCAACACAAACAAAAGCCCAGUCACUGGCUGCUGAAAUCGAUUCUGCAUCGAGAGAUGAGCUCAUGGAAGCCCUCAAAGAACAGGAAGAGAUAAAUUACAGAUUGCGACAGUAUAUGGACAAGAUAAUUUUGGCAAUCCUGGACCACAAUCCAUCUAUCUUGGAAAUAAAGAAUUGAAGAGAAUAUGAGAAGGAAAAGCAGCAACUGCCUGAUAUUUCUGCACAUGCCACUGGAUCUAAGCAGCACUCUGAUACUGUAAAUGAAUCUAUAAAUACAUAUACACACUAGGUGUGAGUGUGGGUGUGCGGGUGUGUUUAUAUGAUGUUUGGUACACUGUUAUUUGUCAUUGAAUUGGCUUGGUUAGACUUUUUCCAUGCACUUUCAAUACCUGUGAUGAGAUGGAUACUGUAUAUUAAUGUAAUAACAAUAUAACUGGAUCAUGCUGUUUUAGAUACUGGAUAAAAUGACUCUACCUCUAGUUGUAAAGGUAAAAAAAGACAAUGGAAACAUAUGGAUGUGGUCCUAACUUAAGGAGCAAGAAUUUUUUUCUUCGUUCUUCCAGGAAUUUGGGUACCACAAACCAAUUGACAUAUCCAGGUUCAGUUCCUGACUGGUGCUGACUGUGUAAUUUCCUAUUUGAUUUAGCUUUAGUACUUAAACCAGACAUCAGAUUAAAAAAACAAAACAAAACACAAAAACAUAACAAAAACACAACCUUUGGGGAAAAGACACAAAGUAAAUGGGAAGAAAAGGAAGAUAUUGCAGAAUUUUUGCUAUUUAUGAAAAAUCACCAUCCACUUGUUUGCCACUGUCAGCACAAAGUUUUUUUGAUGUAAGAUCACUUUGGAGCCUGCUUUGGCAUGCUCUGAGCCUGCUCUCUAAUGUGUGUGCAUGUGUGUUUUUAUGCCAGGGUCCCUGUAGCACUGAGGCAAAGAGCUUUUUAAAUCUGUUCCCCUAUUUUCAGGGGUAUAUCAUGGGCCAUUAGGAUAAAUUUUGGGAUUCUGCCCCUUCCCCUCACCCUGAUUUUAAAGAUCUGAAGGAACACAUUCCAGUUCUUACAAAACAAAACAAAACAAAAAAAAAAAGAAAGAGAAUAACAACAACAAAAUUUGCACGAAAUAUCUCACUUCAGGGGGAGGAGGAGGAUCACCCCUCGACAUGACGUGCUGAGUUGCUUUCCCACCCCAGACAGCUGCACUCCUUUGAAAAUGGCAUUUUUUGGGCAGGCUGUGCAGAGGAACGGCUGGUUCCUGGCACAGCAGUGGAGGACAGUCUGAUACAGACUGGCUUUUACCUAUAGGGCAGGAAAAAGAAAGAGCUUCAUCUUGAAGGAGUUGCCAGUCCAGACUGAGCACACACAUGCAUAUCUAAAGCUCUGAGUAGGGAACACAUCCUGACUUAGAUGAGCAGUUGUGCAGGUGCUUAACUUUAAGCGUGUGCUGCAUCUGCUCAUCAGUGGGACAGAACAUUAAGCUUUAAAGUUGCGCGUAUGCUUAAAUGCUGCCUUAAAUAGGGAUGACUUCAAAUGUGCCUGUGUUCUCCAGAGCUGGAUCUAUACUGUAGGGCUAGGAUGUUCUUAAUUCAUAAUGUAGCUUAUAUAAAGAGCUUAUGGAAUUGUUUGGGUAGUUGAAUGCUAAAAAUGAGUUUUAUUCCAUGCACUUUUUUAAAAAGUAAAAGUCUCACACUUUUGAUUCACACCAACUGGCACAGAAAAAUCAGAUGGAGUAUCUGGCUUUCCCCAGUGCAUCGAGAUGUUUCCACUAUUGAAUACACUCCCCAGAAGAAUGUUACAGUAGCAAUGACUGUGCUUUUCUGUGUAUUUCUUGCUCUUUUGGCAGUGUCUUGCCCCUAGUAUUCUCUUGAUGUAUCUUGGUGUCUAUAUGUGAUGCAUUUUUCCUGAAUUUGAAUACAUAAAAUUGUAUUCAGUUGUGGAUGUAAAUAUUUUUUUUUUCUGCAAUCUCUGUGCUCUUGCCUUCCGUGAUGUGUUACUGGAGUGAUGGAAAGCAGGGGACAGACAUCCUGAAAUCAGGCUUUCUUGAAGGCAAGAAAAUACAAACCAGUUUGUUUCUAUGUAUCUGCAUAGGCAGGUGUAAAGUAAGUAGAAAGAGAGAGGGACCAGAGGAGUGGCUGAGGGACACAACAUUCCAGUGCACAAAGUGCUCUGGAGAAAUGGGGCAGUCUGGUUCAAAGUGAUGUCACAAGGCUGGGUUCCUGAGGCUCUGGGGUAAUGUGGAGGAAAGGAUUUAAGGACCAUUGCUUUGCCACCUGGGAAUGGUGUAAGAUGUAACACUGCAGCAGCUUCUGUUUGUGUUCUGUUUGUUAGAAGUAGGUGGAACCCCAUGGAAACCCCACAUAUCCACCUUUCCCACCUGCUGCUGCUUCUGGAUGUGCCACCCAGAGGGUGGGAGAGAAACAGUUCAGCCAGCUUGGUGCUUCCCUUCCUUCCUGCAGGACUCCUCACUUGCACUUUAGUGAUGGCAUUUCCCUCUGCCUGGUGCUGUCUGUGGGUAGUGCCAGGGACUUUACUCUUUACUCGUUUCGUAGGCCACAGAGAACUCCUGCACACUGUCAGGGGGCUGUUGCAAACCUGCUGUGACCCAGCAGCCCUGCUUCUGGAGCUGACUGUGCUUUGAAGCUGCACUGCUGUCCUGCUCUCAUGCAGUGUAUUUUAGUAAGUGUGAAGCUGUUGCAGCUUAGGCUGGUGACUGAAUGUUUUCCCCUAAUUUUUUUUAGAUAAACUGGACUUGGCUUCAAAAUUUCAAUGAUCUAGAGCCCCUUCCCAUUAGGGUGGAACAUCAGCAAAUGUUGAGGAUUGUUUCACUGAAAGCAAAGCCUGUGGACUUGAACAGAAGACAUGACUAUAGUGAUAGCCAAGAUUUUGUGCAGAUAAAUAUAUGUAGGAGGUGAAUAGUCACUAGGAGCGACAAAUAGUCACCAAAUCUGGCUAAUACUUUGAAAGGGAUAUUCUAGCCAAGGGUACCCAGCAGUGGAAAUUUCUUAAAACUUGCAGGACUUCUUUUGUAGCUCUGUAUCCAGCUAUGUAAGUAUUUAGAAGCUCUUCCUUGCUCCAGUAUUUGUAUUUGAAGAGAUGUCUUACCACCAUGUUGGUGGUGUUGGUAGCUGUGUUUUAUUGUGUAAAGGAGGUAUCCUCCUGCUCCUGUGGGGCCCUCAGUGUGGUACUGCCAUCUGUUACUGUGGAAAUCAUAUCCAGAUACUUACUAUGUGUGACAAAUAAUGGAAGUUGGAGGUGGGAGAGGCAUUUCACUGGCAGAUAUAUUUUCCUCUAGGGUAUCCAUCUCUAAAAAUACUAAUUAGCAAUUGCAUUCUUAGACUGAGUAACUACAGAUAUUACACCAACUCAUCUUGCAACUCAAGCCCUGGAGAACUCUUUCAUUCCAGAAAAGAAGUCAUUGUGUUUUAUGACAUGCAGGUAAUUUGGUAAUAAAGGAUCACUUGAUGGCUCACUGGGGCAGGGAGAAGAGUAAUCUGAUCUCAGUGUUGCAGAGAGUGCAUAUUUUGAUCGAGUGUCAGACACUGACACUGGCAGAACAGACAGGCGAUGUUGCAAAUAGGGAAACACUAAUUUUGCUGUCCUCUGAUAAAUUCUUACUUCUGUGCUGUGGACAUUCUUUGUGUUCUCAGGCUGGCCAGGAAAGUACAGCCUGCCUCUGUCAGUGUACUGUUGGAGGAACAAGGGCCUCCCUUCCCUGGUCAAAUCACUUCAGACACAGAAAUGUGGUAUCAUUUCCUGGCAAUACACAAAUGCAGUAAACACUCCUGUGUCAAACCCUUGGUUCUAUUUAACCCUUGGGGAUGCAAACACAAUCCCCCAUACUGUAUCUUGUAUCUUGAUCUGUUCCUUAGUUCAUUUGACCUUAGAUUCUGAAAAGCUAAAUUAUAUUCUGGUCAAACCUGUU